UACCUGUUUCUCCCGACAACCCAUCGUUUAGUGAACUGACUAUAGUGAAGCUCAAUCAGCCGCUCAAAUGUGGUGCUUCGUUUCCAGUGACCGUGGAGUAUUCAUUUGUUGGAGAGGCUGGUAGCUACAGCGAUGACAAUCUAUAUGGUCUUAUCCAAAGGAGUGAUCAUCCUCCAUGGAUUUCAGACGGUUAAAGCAAAGGCUGGUGAUGCAGUCACAAGUGGCUCUGUGACGUUCCAGUUGUCCGUCAGCGUUGAUAUGGCUCCAGCAGUGCAGAUUCUGGUCCACAGUGUUCUUCCCAGUGAGAAUGCAGUUGCUGCUAGUGUGCCGUUUGACACCGAUAUGCAUUUCCAGAACCAGGUGUCUCUGCAGUUUUCUCCAGCUACGGCUGUUCCUGCGGAGGGAAACGUUCUGAUGGUUUCUGCUCAAGCAGGAUCUCUGUGUGGUAGAUCAGAGCAUCCGGAUCAUGGAGCCAGGAAGACGUCUGAGUGCUGAAAGGGUGUCUGUGUGCCUCAAUCAGGUUUUUUGUUUGGGCUUUUAAUCUGGAUAUUUCAGUGUGUGGCACUUCUGAUUAGAAUGCCACUUUAGUUUACCCCAGUGUCUGAAGUACAAGGGCCUGAGUUUUUAUCGCAACUUCAGUGUCGGUAUGUCUGUUACUUUGAUUCUUACUCUAGAAAUUGGUACAUGACUUAAAG